CCACGCUUCUCUAAGCCAAAGGCGGUGCUUAACAGCUCUGUUUGGAAGAGAGGAGGGACAAGACCAGCCCACCCUGAUUCAAAGUAAAGUAUGAAUGUCCGUUUUAUUGGCCUGAGGAGAUGUCCUGUUGUCUUCGUUGAACAUGAGUUUUUUUCCUGCUCCAGGUCCGAAUCAACACUGGGUCAUCAGAGAUACUGAGCCAACAAAAUCAAGGACUUCCAAGCUCCUGAUUGAAAACGAAAAUUUUACUUUGUUUCAUUUCCUUUUUGUUGGUCAAUUCCAAAGGUUUAAUUUAGGAAUAUUUCUGCUGCAUAAACCUAUCAAUUAUUGACAUAUUUCAGUUCACCAGUUCAACCAUCUCAAUGGCGUUUUUAAUGAAAAAGAAGAAGUUCAAGUUUCAAAUCCAUUUUACAUUGGAGGAGCUCACAGCCGUGCCGUUUGUCAAUGUGGUACUUUUCUGCAAGAUCCGAUUGUUGGACGGUGGGGACUUUGCCAUCUCAUCAUCCAGGGAGGAGGUUCAGCAGAACUGUGUUCGUUGGAAAAAGAAGUUCUCCUUCGUCUGUAAAAUGAGUGCCAAUCCUACCACUGGAGUCCUGGACCGAUGCAUCUGCAGGGUUUCUGUACGCAAGGAGCUUAAAGGAGGAAAGACGUUUUCAAAGCUGGGCUUUGCUGACCUCAACAUGGCGGAGUUUGCUGGCUCAGGCUCCACCGUGCACUGCUGUAUUCUCGAGGGCUACGACACCAAGAACACUCGACAGGAUAACUCCAUUCUCAAGGUUACUAUUGGAAUCACACUUUUGUCGGGGGAUCCCUGCUUUAAAACGCCCCCCAGCACGGCCAAGUCCGUCUCUAUCCCGGGCCAGGACCCCUCCCUGCAGCUGGACUGUAAGGGCGAGGGCACCGAUGCCAACUAUAACCCUCCCCCAGGGGGCGUCACCAGGACAUCAUCAGGACGGCUCCUCAAACCCAGACUCCCCUCAGCUCCCCUCAACUCUGUUCCAGGUCUACCUAGGGAGCAGUUGGAGCAGAACCUGUCCAGCCCAGAUGAAGUGUUUCACACAGGACACUCCCGGAACUCCAGCUACGCCAGCCAGCAGAGCAAGAUAUCAGGCUACAGCACGGAACACUCUCGCUCCUCCAGCUUGACAGACCUCACCCACUGCCGCAAUGCCUCAACCAGUAGCAGUACCUCUGGGAGCCUGGGCACCCCUACCCAGACCCCCCACGUCUUCGCCCACCCCCUUGCAGCAGACCCCCAGACACCAGGAGAGCCAGGCACCAAGCCUGAGAGACCCAUACGGCCCCUACGCCCUGUCCUGCUCUCCAAUAGACCCUCCAGGAGGAAGAAGGACUCUGUGGAAAGCCACCCCACCUGGGUGGACGACACGCGCAUCGACGCCGACGACAUUGUGGACAAGAUCAUCCAGAGCCAGAACUUUGCUGAUGUCAACAACCAUAAAGAAGACAGCAACCUCAGACUGUUUGUCAGCAAAGAUGGGACUACAGCCCUGAGUGGGAUACAUCUGGGAAACAGGGUGAUUGCUGGUGUCUUUGAGCCAGUAGUGAUCGAGAGCCACUAGCGAUGAAGAUGGACGGAUGUCAAAUCACUCUACCCCCCUCCCUCCAUCUCACUCAUUCUCUCAGCUUGUGGGAAAAGGGUACAUGAGGGACACUGAAGACACCUCCACUGUUUUGAACUGUUGUGUGUGUGUGUGUGUGUGUGUGUGUGUGUGUGUGUGUGUGUGUGUGUGUGUGUGUGUGUGUGCGUGUGCGUGUGCGUGUGCGUGUGCGCGUGUGCGUGUGUGUGUGUGUGUGCACAAAUGCACAUACGACUGGCUGCCUUUUGAUAUACACCACUUCAACAAACACCACUAUACAACAGAUGUAACCCUUUAAUCAGAUAUUUUAGCAGAUAUUUAAGGUGAUGUAGGUGGGAGGUGUGACGUAUGAAUAAACUAUUAAUAUAGAAAAGCUUUUUAAUCGAUGCUUUCAUCUGUGAGACCGUAGGUGUAAAGUGUGCAAAGUACUUGAUAGAGAGAGAAAUGGGAAACCAUCGCAUCGUGGAAAUUUUAGUGCAGCACUGAAAAUCAGGGAAAGGCAUUGGAGUCAAAUGUGGCUGCCUCAAGUUGGAACAUUAUGGUUUACCCUAUGUGUAUAAUUUUGUGUAUCAAUUCAAUGAGGGGAGUGUGCUAAAACCAAGAAAGAUGUGGAGAAAUUGAACAGACCAAUGUGAAAUUUUUGAUGAACCCCUUGCAAUCCUCAGAUUCCAGAACAACAGUACUAGACCUGGUCUCAAAGUUACUGUAUAGCCCAAAUAACCCAUGUUAUAGAAUAUAUAUGCAUAUAAAUAUGUAAUAUGACAAUAGAUAAUGUUUAUAUACGGACCUGAGAAAGAAAAAGGUGUGCACAUAUGGCUGGCCAUAUGCAACUGUACAUACUGCCAGGGUUGGUAAUCGAUUAGUCUACGCCCUUGGUCCUCUCCUCCCUUGGGUCUUUUACAUAGUCUGCUUUACGUCCUUAAAGUAAAACACUAUCCUGAAGUUCACCAGCUGGCUUGGUGACUAUACUGUAAAAGUAGGAAAAUCAGACUCAACUUUUCUUGGUUUCUCUAUUUUUGUUGUUAGUCAUGUGUCUGUCUCAGGAUAUAUGGAUGGUGGGUUUCCCUGUACUGUUUUGGCCCUGGCCUGUCACUCAUCUGUCAUGUAUGUCAGACCUAUUUGAGUCACCACGCCCAUGACAUCAGUCCCUGUUCUCAAGCACAGGAGCUGUCCGUUACCAGGUUUCUGGAAUGAUUAUAAAACUCUUCUUGAGCUGCAAAAAAAUCACUUUUGGAUUGGUGUUCUCAACAAACCAAUGUUUACAGUGUGAUGCAAAAGGAAACUCGAUCGCAUAUUAUUUCAAACUUGCUUUCUCGCUGCAAGGGAAGAGUAUUGUUUUUUUAAACCUGGUUACUGAUUUUGAUUGAAUUGGGGCCCAUAAUAUGUUGUUAAGUUACUGAAGUGGGGUACUAAAGUUAGCCAGCUAACUUCAUAAUCUUUCUUUGUGAAAUACUUUCUAUGUGGCCUUGGCUAUAUGAGCUGUCCAACUGUUGCCAUUCCACUUAAGUCGCAAUAUCACCCGAGAUGUUGACUCGUUAUCAAGCAAAAUCAACUUACAAGUGAAUAAGGGCUCUAAUGAUACAACUGACAGUGGUAUCUGGUCAUCUUCUCCAAAAUGACCAAGCUAUUCUAUUUCCUGGGGGGAAAUGUCAUUUCAUUUCUAUCGCCCCCGGAUUUUGAAUGUGUUAGAAGAACAUUGUAUUGUAGGUAUGGUGUAGUCAGAGCCAAUCAGAGCCAAUGGGUCAGUCUCAUGCAGCUGCCCCAUGUGGCACAAUGCACCUGGUGUGCACUGGUUAACAAUGGAGAGUUUUCAGAAGAAGAUCCACCCUCAUCCCCAAAUGACAAUGUCCUUUUGUAUGCAUGUUUGUGCCUGUGUGCCUGGGUACGUCUUUGUGAGGGAGGGAGAGGGAGCGAGAAUGUGUGAGUUUGUGUGUGUACGUCUGCAUAUUGUGCGUGUGUAUGUCCGUGUGUGUCUGUCUGUGCAUGCGUGUUUGUGCAUGUGUGUAUGUCUGUGCUGCAAACGUAGUAUGUGCGUGUGCAAGUCGAUUGUUUAUGUGUGCCGAAAUCAAAAUAGCUUGCCACUCGCCUGUCUUACGGUUCUUGACCCCUGAGUAUCCUUUCAGUUGAUCUGAGUCCUCAGCAGGAAAACAGACCUAAUGCUCAAUUCAAAUGUAUUUCAAAGGAAAAAAGUGAUAAUGGGCUUUUAUCUACACACAUGUAGUCUCAACAUACUGUAUCUUCCUAACAAGGAUGUGUUUUAUUUACACCACACCAGACAUUCAAAGCAUACUGAGAUUUGACAUUCAGAGGCAUAGAGAGAAAAUAUCCAAUAUUCUGGCCCUUGAAAAAUAACAUUUGUAUUUUUGUGCUGUUGCAAUGUGCUUUUGUUUUUGUUUCACUCUCCAGUGUGCAUCAUUGUCGUUGUAGAUGUUGCUGUGCAUACUGUAUGGGUGUACUCUAUGUCCUUGAAAAAAGGAAACAUUAAAUGCAUAAGCUAAAACUCCUCUGACAUGAAUACACAUGCAUGGGAAAAUGUUAACGACACAGACAUUCUUCUUAGCUUUAUUUGAAUGUGUCAAAUUGAUGUGGACCAUUCACCUCUAUUUCAUUAACUUGAUAUAAGUAAGACACUGAAUCUGUAUAUUUUAACAGGAGCUUUUAAAACAAAACUAUUAUCUUUCUUUCACUCUGCCUCUCAUUACAUUACACUGUCUCUUAGUAGUAUAUAGAAGAAUUUGUAUUAAUGAUAAACUGAUAAUAGUUAUAAUGGCAAACACUUAAUUCAUAUUUUAGUUUUUUGUAUUUCCAAACCAGCUGGCUGGUUUACUUUUUGUAUGCAGCAGAGAUGUAUUGGAAAACCUGUGCUCUUCUUUGUAAAUCUAGUAUACAAAUUUGUUUUGGUCUACUCUAGAGUUAAAAUAAUUGAUUGUUUCUGAUUCUCCUGCUACUGCUACUGAUUUUAUGUGUACAAGAGGGCUUGUUGUAUAUUCUUUGUAUUGUUUGGGUUCUGUUUUCCUACGUACUUGACUGUUUGUAACCAGAGUAGAACCAUAUUAACAUGAGGUUCUGCUGCCAUGAAUGGAGCGCCAAGGAUUUCAUCCUGCAUAUUUGAAAUAUGAAUGAAUCAACACAGGGUGAGAUUUCUCUGGUGCAACACAUCAUAAGAUAUUUGUCAUUGCAUUUUAAAUCAACCAGAAUAUCCCCUCCAUGUUGUGGGUUGAAUAACUUGGUACAGUAGUUAGAGGAUGGCAGUCAACACUCUGAGAUUGCUCUCUGAAAGAUAGAGGGGGAGUACUGUAAAUCACUUUCAUGGUUCAAAAACUCACAUGGGCCUUUCCUAAGGUUCAUCAGCUCAGUAGGUAGAGGAACCAUGAUUGAAUGUGGACCAGAUAUGCUAUUCCUAACAGCACAUAGGUCUGGACAACUAUCUUGACCUAACAUUUUACCUAUUUUAAUUAUUUAACCUCCAUUUUUUACCUCUUACAUAUUUUUUUUCUUCAUUUCAGUCAUUUAGCAGAUGCUCUUAACCAGAGCAACUUACAGUAGUGAGUGAAUGCAUAGAUUUCAUACAUUUUUCCCCCCAAACUGGUCCCCCGUGGGAAUCGAACCCACAACCCUGGCAUUGCAAACACCAUGCUCUACCAACUGAGCCACACAGGACCACACUGUUAGUUUGUCAUCUUUGUAAAUUGAUUUUAAAACUAUGCACACGAGUCCAAGACUCUCCGAGAGGUCCACCCAACAUUUAAUGAAUUUAUAUCAAUAGACGACUAUUGAAAUGACAAUUUUUCAGAUUUUCCAGAAUUAUUGUGAGAUAUUUAUUUUACACACACACUUACAGGCAUUGCGCCAAAGUUUUCUCAUCUUAAUUUUUUCUCCUAAAAUGUAUUUAUUCUAUCACUUUAAACUCACAUGUGGAGGUACACUGUGACAUGAUGAAUUUGGAACUAUAUUUCUACACACUAUUCUAAUGUUUCCUAUUUGAACAGUGUAAAUGUCAUAUUUUGUGGAAAUAAAGCUAUUGUUGGGCAUUUGAAAAA